CAUGAUGUGGAAGUCUGUAAGCUGCACAUGGUGGCUCUUUAUAGUCUCUCAGCUCACUUUAUGGUCUGUUUGGGUCACAGCACAAGAGCUGGACGAGGACGUGAAGAUUGAAGUUUUGUUUAAACCCGAGCAAUGCGAGCAGCAGAGCAAGAGAGGAGAUCUGAUGAAUGUGCACUAUGAUGGGUUCCUCGCCAAAGAUGGUACCCAGUUCUACUGCAGUCGAUCUGAUAAAACUGGACACCCUCAGUGGUUCGUGCUGGGUGUGGGUCAAGUCAUCAAAGGCCUCGACGUUGGGAUGAUGGAUAUGUGUGCAGGAGAGAAGAGGAAGAUAACGGUCCCACCCACCCUGGCUUUUGGAGAAGCAGGCAAAGGUCCGGUGCCGCCGAACGCCACGGUGGUGUUUGAGGUGGAGCUGUUCUCCGUGUCCAGAGGACCUCGCAGCAUGGAGGCCUUCGGGAACAUGGACCUGAAUAAAGACAAAAGUCUCACAAAGGAAGAGGUGAGACAAUACUUAAAGCUGGAGUUUGAAAAAGAUGGGAAGCCCCGCGACGAGCCUUUCUACGAGGAGAUACUGAAUGAUAUUUUCCACAAGAACGACGGCAACAAAGACGGACACAUCAGCGCGAAGGAGUACAAUAUUUAUGAGCAUGAUGAGCUUUAAUGUGGUCGAGAGCGGCUCGUUUUUUGUUUGUUUUUUAGGUAGAAAAUGGGAAUAGGUAAUAAAUUUAAAGGGAAAAUCCACCCUCAGAUGUUUGUUUUUUUCACGUUGUAAUGAAAGUUUAAGCUUUUGUUCUGCCUACUUUACUUCAGCAUGUCUCAUCACUUCCACUUCAGCGGGAGUUUCCUACUCUACUCUUCCCACAGUGUCCUCUUUGAUGACCGUGGGAGUAUAAAAGAAAAUGCUUCGGCCUCCUCUGUGGUGGAUGUUUUCAGUUUCACUUCAAUGUGGGGUAUCUAGAGAGAAAUGUGGCAUCUUAAAGAGGAUGUAUCAUACACAUUUCCAGGUCUAUGUGGAUAUUUUAGAGCUGUUACGGAAAUAUCUUUGCAUGAUUUCCAGUUAAAAACUCCCUAUUUAUCUUAUACUGGCCCUUUAUGCAGCCUCUCACUUCAGCCUCUGUCUCUUAACAGGCCGUUUUAGCUCCUGUCUCUUUAAGACCCGCCUCCUAAAUAAGCCUACUCUGCUCUGAUUGGUUAAAACAGGGUUUCACUCUUUUUUCUCCUUCUUUACUCAACAUGUCAGCUUCUUAAAUGCACUUAUGUGUUUUUUUUAACUUGAAUCUGAUCCGUAAUAUGACAGAAGACAACUUAAAAACAACUAUUGUAUCAACCGUAGCAACAAUCUGACGUCAUCACGAAGAGGAAGUAGAGAUAACUUUACAAACGUAGUGUUCAGAGCAGACUUUCAGGGAGCAUUUAUACAUAUAUUCACCUCAAGUUUUGAGUAUUUGACAAUCUUUAACAUCUGAUAUCGUAAAAGUAUAAAAAGUAAGUCUCCUUUAAAGGGGCUUGGCACCAGACCUAAAUAUUUUGUACUGCUCAGAAGGCUUUGGGCUACGAAAAGAUAGUAAAAGUGAUAAAAACACAGACAUCAAUCACCUACAUGCCAUCAGAAAUACAGGGGAAUUAGCUGCAGGGUGAGAGGCAGGUACAAGAAAGUGUUGAAAAGUUUCUGGGUGGAUUUUUCCUUUAAAGAUCUGACAGAAAAUAACUUUUUCAAGUCCUAAAGACGACUUUCCAAAGCAGCACAUGAGACUCUCAUAGUAGUCUCAAGUAUUAAACUUUGCAAGGAAGAACAUCUUUUAACAUCUGAGCAAGCAUUUACUGUCAUGCAAAUACCACUAAAUGUUAGUGUUUGACAUGUUUUAUUCCUCUUUUUUUAUAUAUAUGUAUAGUUUUGGCUUUUUUUGCAUCUCAGAUACAGAAGUCGCAGCACACA